AUGGCAGGGAUGAGAGGGCUGCUGCUGCUGCUGCUAUACAUGUCCCACUCGUCAUCUGCCAUUUGCGGCAUCCAGAAAGCCAACAUCGUGGACCAGUUAGAGGAAAACCUCGUGAGCAGCACCGAGUUCCCCUGGGUGGUGUCCAUCCAGGACAAGCAGUACACUCACCUGGCGUUCGGUUGCAUUCUCAGCAAAUUCUGGAUCCUGAGCACCGCCUCCGCUCUCCAGCACAGGCCAGAGGUUAUUGCCGUUGUUGGUAUAUCUAACAUGGAUCCCCGACAGACUGACCACAGAGAGUACUCAGUCACUACCAUCAUCCCCCACGAGAACUUCAACAACCACUCAAUGAGCAAUGACAUAGCCCUCCUGAAGACAGACUCUGCCAUACAUUUCAACGACCUGGUCCAGGCCAUCUGCUUCCUGGGCAAAAAGCGACAUAAACCACCAGCCUUGAAGAACUGCUGGGUAGCAGGAUGGAAUCCCACGACUGCAACAGGAACUCACAUGACAAUGAGCAUCCUGCGAAGAAUCUCCGUAAAAGACAUUCAAGUGUGUCCUUUAAACAGACAGUGGAACACGGAAUGUGGCAGUCACAUGAAGGAACCCAACAGUGUUUGCCUGGGGGAACCAGGAAGCCCGAUGAUGUGUCAAGUACAGAAGUUUGAUCUCUGGAUCCUGAAAGGGCUCCUGACCUAUGGAGGUGACUUGUGCCCUGGCCGGUUUCUGUACACCAAUGUGGAAGACUACAGCGACUGGAUCAAGGCCAUGACGAGGAGGGAUGGCCUCUCCCUAUCCUCGCUCCACCUCUGGAAGAACAUGGUCCCUGAGAUCCCCUUUCACCAAUCAAAUAUUGCCCUGACAAAGAAUUCGUAUUCUGUACAUAGCUCUGCUGAAUGGCCCCACUCCUACUCCCGAGGGCAAAGCGUGUCCACUGUGUACAAGCAGCAAGAUGCUGGGCAGAACUUCAGGGUAAAUGUGCAACCGGCAACAGGCAGGCCUUCGAAGGUGGCUAUUCAACCCUUGUACUACGACUACUACGGUGGGGAGGCGGUGGAAGGCGGGGUUGUGGCUGGCCAGAACAGGCUGCAUUGGUCCCAAGAAAGGAUCUUGAUGUCCUUCGUGCUUGUUUUCUUGGGCAGCGGUGUCUAG